CAUGUUCCACGGUGCAGCAAGUAAUGGAACUGGAUAAUGUAUUUCUAAACAAGCUGCCAAUAGUGGCGGCCACGGGCAGCGAAGGUGGCACCUGGAACCAUUACGCGUUCAUCGAAAGUACCUGGGGCGAGCGGAAGAUUCUGCUGAAGAUUAUCGUGUUCAGUCCGCUGUACAACACGCCCCUCAGCUUCCUAUCCGAGAUAGACCACGAGGUGCUGCAGCAGACGGCCAUACGAUUAGAGCGUCCGUUGAAUGAUUUUCUGCACGAAACCAAGCUAGCCCUCUGCACCGAGGGUGGCGCAAAUGGUUUUAGUUACGCGGUCGAGGAGAACAACUUUGUGUGGCGCAAGAUCGUGGGACCGGCACUAACCAUAGCCUACGGGUCCGUUAUACUGCUACGCUCCCAGUGUCUACUGUCGGAUGUGCUGUCCAAUUCGAUUGUCACCCAGAACUGGCUGCGGAAAGAUGUGCAGCUAAAAAACAGGGUACUGAACGAGCUGAAGGAAGAGCACGAUGAACUGCUCGAGCUGCAGCGCCAGCACGAGGAGGAUAGUCGUCUGUACGAGAUAGAACUGAUAACCAAAUGCAUCAGCAUGCUGAACGAGAAGAAAGAGGUAAUUAACCACCUAAAGAAAAAGCUCGCCGAAGAUGACGAUGAAACGGACGGGUUGGAGCAGGAAAACGAUGAAGAAGAGGAGGAAGAAGAACGACGUAACGAACCAGCGGUAGGUCAAUUCGAUCGACGACUGGGAAGGGAAGACGAGGAUGUUCCAAGACCAUCACCGGGUGGUCUGGUCGGUGGGACCGCUAGCGAUUCCGAACCAUUCUUGGUCGAUAGUGAUGCACCGGAUCAGGACGAUCAUGGAACGCUUCCAAAGCGAGCCAAGUAUCAACUAACGCAGCGCACUGCAACAACCACCUCAUCAGCAGCGGCAAGCAGUUUGAUGUCAUCAACGGUCACCCGGAAAUCGACAGGUGACGCCGGCGCUCCGCGAGAAGAGCAAGAUGGCCAGAUGGAAGAUUUGUACAAUAAGGAUACGCAGGAGCUGCUGCAACAGAUGUAA